UCUGCGGCGUCGGCGAGAUGGGAGCUCUGGCGCCGCUCAACGGCGGUGUGAUUCGCUACGCCGAGCUCUUCUGCGACCCUGCUCUGGCGUUUGCCAAUGGCUGGAACCAGGUGUACUCGUACAUUGUGUCCAUCCCUGCUGAGAUUGUCGCGGCGGCCGUCAUCAUCGAGUUCUGGAUCACCAUCAACAGCGCCAUCUGGAUCACCGUGCUUGGCAUCCCCAUGAUCGUCACCUCUCUGCUGGCGGUCCGCAUCUACGGCGAGCUCGAGUUCGGCUUCUCGCUCUUGAAGAUCAUGCUCGUUGUCGGCGUCAACAUCAUGGCCUUGGUCAUUACCUGUGGCGGUGGCCCAGACCACAAAGCGAUUGGCUUCGAAUACUGGAAAAGCCCCAACGGCCCAUUCGCCCAGUAUCUCGGCAUUGGCGGAUCCCUAGGCCAGUUUUUGGGCUUCUGGAAGACGCUGGACAAUGCGCUCUACGCCUACUCGGGAAUAGAAAACAUCACAGUCGCGGCUGCUGAGACAAGAAACCCUCGCCACGCAAUCCCCAUGGCUGCCCGACGCAUCUUCGUCCGUAUCGGGCUCUUCUACGUCGUCACCAUCUUCAUGGUUGGCUUGGUCGUUGCGUCUACCGAUGAACAGCUGCUGGGGUCCACAGGAAACGCAUCUCAGUCGCCGUUUGUCAUUGCCGCACGCAACGCUGGCAUCAAAGUGGUGCCGUCCAUCAUCAACGCCGUGGUCCUCACCUCGGCCUGGUCGGCAGGCAAUUCGAACAUGCUGGGCGGAUCUCGAAUCUUGUACGGAAUGGCAGCUCAGGGCCAAGCGCCGUCUGUCUUCAAGCGCCUCAACAGAUUCGGCAUCCCUUAUGUCGCUGUUUCUCUGUACGGCCUUUUCAUGGCGCUGGGUUACAUGACCCUGUCUAACUCGGCAAGCACCGUGUUUAACUGGCUGCAGGAUCUCGUCUCCAUCUCCACCUUGGUCAACUGGAUCACCAUCUGCAUUGUCUAUCUGCGGUUCCUGUACGGCUGCAAGAAACAGGGGAUCGACCGCCAGAAGGAACUCCCAUGGGCCGCUCCGUUUCAGCCUUAUACCACUUGGGCCUCUCUGAUCCUGUUCGUUAUCCUUUUCUUCACGGGAGGGUUUAAAACUUUCAUCCACGGGGAAUGGGCCAUCGAGUCUUUCAUUUCAUCAUACUUCAAUUUGCCAUUCAUCUUCGUUGUGUAUUUCGGCUACAAGCUCUGGUAUAAGACCAAGGUCAUUCCAUUGGAAGACAUUCCCCUUCGCUCUUUGAUCGAGUGGUACGAAAACGAGGAGCCAGAAGAGAAACCGAAGGCGCCGCGUGGACUUGCAAGACUUAACGUCCUGUGGUCAUAAAGCUGGUAGCAGUAGCUGUGACAUGUAGUUGAUCAUUUUAAAUAUACUUG